CGCACGGACGGAGAUCGAGCACCAGACGUCCACACCCCAUCCCACUCCAAGACCCUCCAUCCUGCCAUCCAUCAGCAGCAGCAGCAGCAGCGCAGGCAAAGCAAGCAAGAGCAUGGCGCGCCGUGGCAGCCUGCUCGCCGUCGCCGCGGCGCUGCUGGUCGCCGUCGUUGCCGCGGCGGUGCCGCCGACGUGCGAGCGCAUCGAGUGCCCGGCGUACGAGGUGGUGGACAGCGCGAACGGGUUCGAGAUCCGGCGGUACACGGACGCCAUGUGGAUCACCACGGCGCCCAUCGAGGACAUCUCCUUCGUCGCCGCCACGCGCACCGGCUUCCUCCAGCUGUUCAACUACAUCCAGGGCAAGAACUUGUACAACGAGACGAUCGAGAUGACUGCGCCGGUGCUGACGCAGGUAUCGCCCAGCGACGGGCCCUUCUGCGCCUCCUCCUUCACCGUCAGCUUCUACGUGCCGGCCAAGAACCAGGCGGACCCGCCGCCGGCCGAGGGGCUACGCGUGGACCGCUGGGCUGGGGCCAGGUACGCGGCCGUGCGCCGCUUCGGGGGCUUCGUGGCGGACGCCGACGUCGGGGAGCAGGCGGCGCAGCUCGACGCCAGCCUCCAGGGCACCAGGUGGGCCGCCGCCGUCAACGACGCGCGCAGGGCUGACCCGGCAUCGCCCUACACCGUCGCGCAGUACAACUCGCCCUUCGAGUUCAGCGGCAGGGUCAACGAGAUUUGGAUGCUCUUCGACGACGCCGCUGCCGCCGCCACCAGUAUGUGAUGUGAUUUUCAAACGUGCUUUAAGGCACUGAGCGAGGCGGUUAGGAAAGGACGUGCAUAAAGCACCUAUGCUAGCAUUAAUAUUUCGUACUCUUCUGCGCUAGCUACGUUUACUUUUGAGUAACAAUGAGGUGCCUCUUGUGUAAGCAAUAAUGAUAAAACUAAUCCUACUUGUAAUCACAUUUCAUGGCACAACUGUAUAUGCAAUUUUGAAAGUUUGGGACCUAGAUGACACUAUCUUGCAAGUUUAAGUAUUAUAUCCAACAUGUU